AUGAACAAAAAAUGGGAACUCGUGAAACUCAAAAACGAGAGAAUGGAAGGGUGUCAAAAAGAUCAGCGUAAGGUCCCAAACAAACUUCUUCAAACCACACUCAACAACAUCCAAGAAAAAAUACCAAAUACAAACGCGAUAUAUGUUGUUGGGCUUGGCGGCAAAAAUGCGACAUACAUCGGGUCUAUCAUCAAAGUCCAAAAGAAAAAGGAAAAGCGAAGAAAGUCCUCGUCGCGUGAGAGUGUGUCAUUUGAAGAAGUUUUGUCGUCGCUCUCACAACUUAUUUUAGCCACUUCUGCUGUUGGUAAAAAAUAUGAAGAUACUGAUGUGAUAAAAACGAUGCAUUUGCAAGGUGUCGACUCGAUGAUAACGAUUGUAAUGAAUCAACGCCAGAACUACGUAGUAGUAUUUGAUUCUGAUAUUACUGAACAACGUUAUGACUUCGAUGACACACUCUUCACAAUUUGUCUUCCAAUCUUCGACUCGUUGCAGCGAAAUCCCUCGCAAUAA